AUGGGAUAUAAAGCUGAUCCUGUUAGGGAUGCACAUUUCGUAACGAGAGUAGAAGAUGAGUAUCUCUUGAGUAGUGACAACUACAUAGCACCCUCUAAUGUGAUAGAGGAGUAUGCGAAGCAGCUCGUUGAGAUGAACAACACCAGGGUUACCGCCAGGGAGUACAACGCACAAAUCAAAAGGGAUCAAGUCCAGAAAGCCAUCGCAUUCGACAAGGAGCAAACAACCUUGGAUGGAUCGUCUCGUGAUGGUUUCCGGUCGUUCAGCGUACAAGAUGAUGCAUUGGCUAAUCUUUUGUAUUCAGGGAUCCUUAGCGCAAACUCCCUAAAGUCAUCACAUGUUAAACGUGCAAUGAUCGCAGUGACUGGAGCAGGCCCGGGCUAG